UGCCCCUCCCCGCCCGCCCGCCUCCCUUCUCCGCCCGCAGCCGCCGCCGCCGCCGCCGCCGCCGGGAGAACCCGAGGGAGGCCCAGGCCCCGCCGCCGCGGAGCCGCCAUGUUGGGAUCGGAGCCGCCGCGGAGCCGCCGCCGCCGCGGAGGAGGCCGGUGAGAGAGAGCCCGAGGCCGGCGCCGCCCGUGGCCAGCGGAGGAGCGAGGCCCGAAGAGAAGGAGGAGGCGGAGGAGGCCCGGCCCGGCCCCGCGCCGCCGCGGCCUGCCCGGCCCGGCCCCGCAGCCCCGCCCGGCCCUUCGCCCAGCGAGCGCCAGACCCGAGCCGGAGCCGGAGGACGAGGCCCGCAGCAGCGAGCGCCAUGGCGGAGCAGACCUACUCGUGGGCCUAUUCCCUGGUGGAUUCCAGUCAAGUGUCAACGUUUCUGAUUUCCAUUCUCCUCAUCGUCUAUGGCAGCUUCAGGUCCCUCAACAUGGACUUUGAGAACCAAGAUAAGGAAAAAGACAGCAACAGUUCAUCGGGGUCCUUCAAUGGCAAUAGCACCAAUAAUAGUAUCCAGACUAUUGACUCCACUCAAGCACUGUUCCUUCCCAUUGGAGCGUCUGUCUCCCUUCUAGUCAUGUUUUUCUUCUUUGAUUCUGUUCAAGUAGUCUUUACAAUAUGUACAGCAGUUCUUGCAACGAUAGCUUUUGCUUUUCUUCUUCUCCCGAUGUGCCAGUAUUUAACACGACCCUGCUCACCGCAGAACAAGAUUUCCUUUGGCUGCUGUGGACGUUUCACUGCUGCGGAGCUGCUCUCCUUCUCCCUUUCGGUCAUGCUUGUCCUCAUCUGGGUUCUGACUGGCCACUGGCUCCUCAUGGAUGCUCUGGCCAUGGGCCUCUGUGUGGCCAUGAUCGCCUUCGUCCGCCUGCCGAGCCUCAAGGUCUCCUGUUUGCUCCUUUCAGGUCUCCUAAUCUAUGAUGUCUUCUGGGUCUUUUUCUCUGCCUAUAUCUUCAAUAGCAACGUCAUGGUCAAGGUGGCCACCCAGCCAGCUGACAACCCCCUUGACGUCUUAUCUCGGAAGCUUCACCUGGGACCAAACGUGGGCCGAGACGUUCCUCGAUUGUCUCUUCCUGGAAAACUGGUCUUUCCAAGCUCCACGGGCAGCCACUUCUCCAUGCUGGGGAUCGGGGACAUCGUCAUGCCGGGCCUCCUGCUGUGCUUUGUGCUGCGCUAUGAUAACUACAAGAAGCAGGCCAGCAGCGACUCCUGCGGGGCGCCGGGGCCGGCAAACAUCUCGGGCCGCAUGCAGAAGGUCUCCUACUUCCACUGCACUCUCAUCGGGUACUUUGUAGGCCUGCUGACCGCCACGGUGGCGUCUCGGAUCCAUCGGGCUGCCCAGCCCGCCCUCCUCUAUUUGGUGCCCUUCACCCUGCUGCCGCUCCUCACCAUGGCCUAUUUAAAGGGUGACCUGCGCCGCAUGUGGUCUGAACCUUUCCACUCCAAGGCCAGCAGCUCGCGGUUCCUGGAAGUAUGAUGGAUCAGCCGGAAAGUGACCAGACCCUGGCUGUGGUCCUUUUCCCUUGACUCAGUGGUGGUUUUGUUCCCUCCCAGAGCGGUCCUGGCCCUCAGAGGUGUCCUGGCCUGGGGUGCUAGUCUGACCUGACUUUGCAUUGAAAGGGGGACUGAAGCUCCAGAGACCCCCUUUGAUUCCUUUCUCGUGCACAUGUGGAAUUGAAGCCGCCUGGUGAAACUUCCGUCCUCCCCCUUCUCUGUUUUUAUGGACCUGCCCAGCCGUCCCCGUGGCGAGGGAGGCAGGGCCUGGACAUGGCAAGGAGCCGUCCAGGAGUCAUGGACCGGACCUUCUUCAGGGAAGCCUCCCCCACUUUGGGACAGGGCUCCCAGGGGGACUGCCUUCCAGAGACUUGAGGUGAUAGAAGUUCUUCUGUCACAGAAUCUUUUUUGGAUUGAUUAAACCUUUUCUGUGGUGUAAAAUGACUUAUUAAAUCCACAGACACACAUGGA